AUGGCCCAGAAUUUGCCAUUUUCCAUCGCUAAUAUACUUCGCGCAGACUUUCCCGAUCCGUCACGUGUGAGCAAAUUACCUCCGAUUGUGCAAGAGCAACCACAGAAAGAAACCUGGGAAAGUGUAUUCGAAACAAGAAACCAGCCUCUUCGAGGUCUUCCCCUCCGCUGCGAUGAAAUAGGACCUUUGGAUGGGAAUGGAGCAUACAGCACUCAUGUGGAUGCGCUGGAAAGCUGCAUAGAAUUUCUUCAACCCGACUUCGUUGGGAUCGAAGAAGAGCAACGAAGUCUUUUGAAUGUAGAGCUUAAAGAAAACGGCACUAAGAAAAGAACGGUUCAAAUUUCUUCAAGAGACUGUAAGACACAAAAAUUGCCCAAAAGGAGACGCACGCGCUUCUCACGAAUGCAAGUGAAGUAUUUAGAAGAUGCAUUGUCUUGUCAACAUUACCUAACCCGCGACGAACGACGGGUGCUGGCAAAUGCACUGGGGCUUAAGGAAAUACAGGUCAGAAACUGGUUUCAAAACCGGAGAUACCUGUUGAGGCAUCAAGAAGAAAACCAGACCAAACAGGUCCUAGUGACUGUUGGACAGAGGCAACACUGUGCUGUACUUGGAAUGACUCACGUAAAGAAAGCUGACGAGUAG